AUUCCCUCCGCGGGACCGAGCCGCCCGUGUCUCCCGCCCCUCCUCCUCCCUUUUCCACCCCUCGGAGUGGAGCUGCACUUGCGGCUGCUCCCUGCUCGGUCCCGCCCAGCCUCCGUCGCGCAGGAACGGGUCCCUGCAGUCCCCAGCCGAUGGCAGGACAGUAGCCGCCUGUCAGGGAUCGCGAAGGGCUGAGGCAGACGCGGCGGCUCCCGGGCCUCAGAGAGUGGGUGUCUCCGGAGGCCAUGGGCUACCCCGAGGUGGAGCGCAGGGAACUCCAGCCCGCGGCAGCGCCGAGGGAGCGCGGGAGCCAGGGCUGCGGUUGUCGCGGGGCCCCUGCCCGGGCUGGCGAAGGGAACAGCUGCCGGCUCUUCCUGGGUUUUUUUGGCCUCUCGCUGGCCCUCCACCUGCUGACGUUGUGCUGCUACCUAGAGUUGCGCUCCGAGUUGCGGCGGGAGCGGGGAGCCGAGUCCAGCCUUGGCGGUCCCGGUAACCUCGGCACCUCGGGCACCCUGAGCAGCCCCGGUGGCCUCGACCCCGAAGGUUCCAUCACCCGCCACUUCGGGCAGCCAUCCCCGCAGCAGCAGCUGCUGGAACGGGGAGAAGCUACGCUCCCCCCAGACGCCCAGGACGGGCACCAGGUGGCCCUUCUGAAUUUCUUCAUCCCUGAAGAAAAGUCAUACUCUGAAGAGGAGAGUAGGCGUGUUCGCCGCAAUAAAAGAAGCAAAAGCAGUGAAGGAGCAGAUGGUCCAGUUAAAAACAAGAAAAAGGGAAAGAAGGCAGGACCUCCUGGGCCCAAUGGCCCCCCAGGACCUCCAGGACCUCCAGGACCCCAAGGACCCCCAGGGAUUCCAGGGAUUCCUGGAAUUCCAGGAACAACUGUUAUGGGACCACCUGGCCCUCCAGGUCCUCCUGGUCCUCAAGGACCCCCUGGUCUCCAAGGACCUUCUGGUGCUGCUGAUAAAGCUGGAACUCGAGAAAACCAGCCAGCCGUGGUGCAUCUACAGGGCCAAGGGUCAGCAAUCCAAGUCAAGAAUGAUCUUUCAGGUGGAGUGCUCAAUGACUGGUCUCGCAUCACCAUGAACCCCAAGGUGUUUAAGCUACACCCCCGCAGUGGGGAGUUGGAGGUACUGGUGGACGGCACCUACUUCAUCUAUAGUCAGGUAGAAGUAUACUACAUCAACUUCACUGACUUUGCCAGCUAUGAGGUGGUGGUGGACGAGAAGCCCUUCCUGCAGUGCACCCGCAGCAUCGAGACAGGCAAAACCAACUACAACACGUGUUACACGGCGGGCGUCUGCCUUCUCAAAGCGCGGCAGAAGAUCGCCGUGAAGAUGGUGCACGCCGACAUCUCCAUCAACAUGAGCAAGCACACCACCUUCUUCGGGGCCAUCAGGCUGGGCGAGGCCCCUGCAUCCUAGAUUCCCCCCCCCCCUCCCCAAUCCCAUUUUGCCCUGCCCGUGCUCCUACCCCAGGUUAGGGAGCCGGGACUUCCAGAACCUAAGUGCUGCUGUGGAGUGAGGUGUGUGGGUGUAGCAGCCACAGAGAAAAAUGCCCCAGUGCUAUUUAUUCCCCGGUGACUCCAGGAUGACAA